UAGAAGCGAAACAGGAAUAGAAAAAAAAUAGUGAAGAUGUUCGCGUACUAUUAUCCAACUAAGAAAGUAUAGUCCAUGCGCAGUUUAGAAGUAGAUAUUUUCACUGUCAACGAUGUUCACGAAUUUGGAGAAAUGUCCAAGGAAUUUACUUGUCUGCGAGAAAUCUAGUUUAUUGAAUGACAAAUCUCGUCAUGCCACACACGUGGCUAAGCACUUUUUUAACUACAAGGUGUCUGUUUUAAUACCUGAAUGCGGAAUUACUCCAUCGGGACUGAAAAGUGUUUUCAACAGUUUCUCAAAAUAUUACCUUUUGAGGAAUUUGCCUGUUUAUAAACUUCUUGAGGAAGAGUUUCUGGAGAAAGUUGUUAAGAAAGGCUCUCUUUAUGCACUAUCUUACAAGACCAGAAUCGACCAAGACAACACCUUUGCCCUUCUCCCCUCUGGUCAGGUGAUAUUGUCUGUUGAUAAGGACACAUAUGAAGAGCUGGGUCUUGAAGGCAAGGCCUCACAGUACAACCACAGACAGCCAAUGAGAUAUGUGGUGACCCUUGACAUGACGGAUAAGUCGCUGGCCCCUGGAGGGAAGCGGUACAAACGGGUGAUGUGGGCCUUGCAGGAGAAGGUCCAGUUAACAAGUGAUUUCCUCAUGGCCAGAUACAGCAUUGGGGGCAAUGGUGAAGACCUGCUUCAGUCCAUCUUCUCUCAGUACAGCUGUAGGGAGCUCAGACCGUCCAUGAGUACCCAGAGCCUUAGGGACUUGUUGUGCCCCUCCCUGGACCCCACCGACCUGCACGGGGACUCUCGAUCAUGUGACCCGCUGCAGUUCCUGGAGUGGUUGGGAGCCGUUACCAUGGAUAUGAGUUGUAACAAUGAGGCAUCCAGCUUUGUAUCUACAUAUUGCUGCCCAGAGCCUCAGAGUUCUGCCAGUCAAGCCCUGCUCUGCACCGCCGUCGGCCUGCUUCUGCCAGAGGACAUCCACUCCCUACUGGAGGAGCUGCGGCGGUACUUCGAUGAGCCCAGGUUCACGUCCUGGCUGUCCGUGACGGUGCACGGGUUUGCAGACAGCCCCGUCUCUUGGGGUGCCACGGAGCAUGGCUUCCACAAGGGCGGGGAGAACUUCUACACCUUCGUACUGUUCAAGAACCAAGACUACUGGCUGCACAUGGCCACCGGGACCAAUGAUGGUUGCCCUCCCUAAAAUUAACAAUUAAUUAUUUAUGUCUGCGUAUGGCCAUGACACAUCCACACUAUGUCAGUUUUUCAGGUCAAUUUCAGUUGGAAGUUUUCAGUUUUUACUUUUCAUUGAACUUUCUGUUUUGACUUUCAGGCUUGUGCUGGAACACCAUUUGACAUUUCCCAGAUGUGGAAUCAGUGUACUUUUUUUUACGCCCCUAAUAAAUUAAUUGGUCAGCUGUU